GCAAAUUUAGCGGCGCAGCCUCUCACAGCCAUGGCGGAUCCUAUGCUCACAUCGUUAUGCGCAAUCUGCCAUGUGUCAACACCAAAAUAUAAAUGCCCGCGCUGCAACAUGCAGACAUGCUCGCUGGCGUGCAUCAAGAAGCACAAAGCUUGGGCAGAGUGCAGCGGCGAACGCGACGCGACAGCAUACAUCCCCCCCUCGAAGCUACGAACUCCGGCCGGCGUUGACCACGAUUACAACUUUUUACAUGGCAUAGAAAUGUCGUUGGACCGCAAAGAAAAGGUCCUGGUGGGCGACAAGUCGCUGGUACAGGCCCAGGAGCUGCGGCCAGCGACGACGCAAGAGGUGCGAUGGAAGACGGGCCGGGACGGCAAGAAACGCAAAGUUUUGGUGACCAAAGUCUUCAAAGAACCAAAGGGCCGUGUAUUUGAGAGAUUUCUAUCGCAGAAGCUCAAAAAGUACAACAUUGGCAUGCUCUGCGCCCCGACUGGCAUGUCAAGACAGAAGGAGAACCUGACGACACUGAAUAGACGGACAGGCCGCAUUAAUUGGCAGGUGGAAUGGCUGUCGGUUUCAAAUUCUGAUAAAGGCUUCAUUGUGCGAAACCUGGCCAAGUGCAUGGACGAUACCCCGAUAUACAUCGCAUACCGAGCUAUGCGCGAUGCCGACACGAGGCUACAACACCGGCCGGCUCUCAAGACCCCGAAGCCCGAUGGCUCGAAAUCAGAUACAUAUCACAGCUCGCGAUGGUAUUCAUCUCCAGGCUGCAUGCAGGAUCCGUAUACGGGCACUUGGACAGUUCAUGAUGGGAGAGGUCUAGAUAUGUGGCCUGAAGAGAAGCGGAAGCAGUUUCAGUUUUACCUUGGACGACCUCAGAAUCAAUCUGGCCUACCAACAACUCUAACUCAGAUUGAUCCGGAUGAUUGCCUGCGAGAUAUUCUGGCCAACACAAGGGUGCUCGAGUUUCCGACUAUUUAUGUCCUGCCCGCUGGCGAUGCUAUCCCAACUGGGUUUGUUAUUGGCGAGAAGGCUUUGAUGCCGGAGCAGGGAACUAAGCGAAAGGAUGGAAGUGAGAAUAAAGGUGAAUUCAGAGCCCGCAAGAAGCAGAAACAUGGUAAUGGAAGGGGUGGUGAAGACGACUCUGGCGCUUCUGGCGAUGAGGGUAUCAGUAAGGGGGGCGUUGGGUUGGAGACUGGAGAAGUGAUUGAUGAACAAAGCUUAGGAGAAGAUGAGAGCGGCGACUCUGACCAGGAUAGCGAAACAAGCUCUUCUGGAUCUGAUUCCGAGGACUCGGAGUAGCUGACACAGAAGAAUGUACAAAGGAACAGCCUUAGCAUGAACCACACAGCACGUAGCAUUGAGCGACCUUGAUGGCAGUAACUACCCCAAUUAAUGCCUUGAGAUGAUAGAAAUAUCUUGUAAACUUAUUAAGAUUAUUUGAAUAUUUUAUCUUAUUUGUUCAUGAGAUUUCUAGAUACACACGUUGGUAGACCUGCACUUCUCACUAUGUCUAGUGGGGGCCUUGCCUGUUGCUUUGUCUGGG